AUGUCAACAUCGUCAACCAAAGGAAUUCUCGGAAAAAGGUCUUAUUCUGAAAAUGUUACUACCGGGGAUAACGCCCCAGGCCAAAUGCAUCCUCGCAAUAGAUAUAGGAACAGCCCUCCGGACUUUGCU